UGCUCGACGGAGCCAACAUAUCCAAGGAUUAUACGAAUGUACAGUUAAUUAUAUUGUGUUCGCGCCUUGUGCUACAGAGAUUCGUAUUUAAAUAAUAUUACGUAUGUGGGCCCCAGCUUGUUUUGGAGCUAUUACGUGGAAAAGAAAGAACGCCUUGUGUCAGCACACUUGAAAGCCCAGCUACUAUUGGCCCGUUCUUAUAUGAUUGGUGUACAAUAAAAAUUAUGCUAUUCGAUUCGUGACUCUACGGUGUCGUGUCACCCUGGGAAAACAUGAAUGUGUUAGCCUUGCAUUUGUGAAUUUCACCUCUGGGCUCAUAAAGCAGACGAAAGAAAACAACGAAAAUGGCCGAAAAAGAUGAAUUGUGUCGGCACUCGAGUGCCUGUAGUGCCGGAAGCCAGACAACGGAACGAAGCUUUUUGUCGUCCACGUCUACACCGGACCCUAAUGCACCUUCGAACUACGGUGCGAAGUACACCGGUGGGGACAAUACGCACCAAACCGCUACUCCAUCGACCUCAACAGAUUCGACGGUGUUUCAGGGUACCACACCACAAGAGCCUAUCGGACGGUACAAAAGAUCCAAGAGUGUUGUAGACACAUUGACUAGGACUAAUUCCUUGCUUAGUUCUGGCGACGAAGAGGAGCACCUUUCAUCGAUACGACGCGCUCGAGCACGCAGUUUUGAUCAGAGGCCCCGGCGGCCCCGCCGAGAGCAGCGUUCGAUGUCAGUCGUGGUCGGUCUAAAUGGGCAGGUGUGGACUCGGGAAGGUACGGAUAGACCAGAGGAAAAUCAACAUGCCAAUAAUGUGGCCAUGCAUGAAGAGGUGGUUGAAACAAUGGCUCAAAAUUAUUAUCCGGAGGGCGGAUGGGGCUGGGGUAUUUGCGCUUGCGCCACCUGGAUACAUAUACUUCUUGUUGGUGGACAUCUUGGUGGAGUGGGUACGCUUGGAUUUAUUACCAUGGAAAUCUUUGAAGGAGUGUCAACUUUCGCUUCAGAGUACUUUUACCCCCCACUCGCAAGUCAGAGCCAAGAUGGCCGCGCACAACUGCCUCCCCGCGAUCUAACCGAAAGCCGCCGACUGCAACGACGAUUGUUAAUUUACGAUAUCGUUGAGAUGGAGCGAAAAUCGUAUGAUAACAUCUUUAUGUUGUUACAGCGUCAACAACAACAACAACAAAUACAAAGCGGCACAAGUCAUUAG